UGAAUUUCUGUCAAUCUUUCAAUUCAGCGCCAUUCGGGAGAGUUCGUCGUUUCUGUUCGACGGACUUUGUGCGACGUGUACGGGUGUGUGCGAAAGUAUGAAGUGAAAUCGUACCAAAAGUGUGUGAAAUGUUUAGUGUUAGUUUUUACUGUGCAUUGAAUUCAAAAUGAGUGCGAACGGAUAAUCUUUUUUUCCAUUGUUUGACCCAAAAUACUUUGUACAAUCGCAGUACACGUAACAUUUGGUAUGAACUGUUUCAAAAUGGCUGUGUUUUGAAGGACCCUUUGUUUGCUUUCGUUUGCUUCUCCAGCAUGAUAUUGGAAUCAUACAGACAGAAUUUUAACUUUGCAAGGUGAGGAAACUAUUUGACUGCAAUUUAGACUGAGAAAAUUGUGUGGAAAAUUACUGGUUCUCACGGAAUCUCGGCGUCGCUUAUUGCUUUCUACUGAGCGAUAUCAACCGCUCACUGGCUACGUGGAAUGCAUGUCAUGUACCCAGAGCAGUCUCAGUAUUGCAACAGUCAACGAACAAGCACCCAGCCAGACAUUAAGCCGGCUGGAUCGCCGGCCCAGCAGCCAGCAAAGAAACGCCGUGUGCUAAGCCCGGCAACGCUCCACGCCACCCAUCAGCAGAGACCAGACGACUCGCUUUUUAAGGAGCAGUGGUGGAGUGAAACAGGCGUUUGGGCGCCCGGGGGCGAACCGAGCCGCGCCUGCGAUGGUGAGCGGUCUGCGCGCGUGCCUGCACCGCCCGCGCCUUGCCUCAGGCCCUGUUGCGGCGAUAACACUGUGGGAGAUAGCAGAAGCCGGAGGGCGGGCGAGGCUGUGGCGGCGACAACGCGCCACAAAAGCGGCACGACGACGGCGCACAGCAAGCAGCUCGCGGCGGGCGGGGCCAACCACCCGGCCCAGCCGCAAGGUAACAAACGAUCCGGCUGCGGUGGCGAUGGCGACUACCAGCUGGUGCAGCAUGAGGUGCUCUACUCCUCGUCCAAUAGGUACGAGGUGCUGGAGUUCCUCGGCCGCGGUACAUUUGGGCAAGUAGUGAAGUGCUGGAAGAAGGGCACUAACGAGAUAGUCGCCAUCAAGAUCCUGAAGAACCAUCCCAGCUAUGCCAGACAGGGACAGAUUGAGGUUUCAAUCCUCUCCCGGCUGUCCCAAGAAUCGGCGGACGAGUUCAACUUCGUCCGCGCCUACGAGUGCUUCCAGCACCGAUCUCACACCUGCCUGGUGUUCGAGAUGCUGGAGCAGAACCUUUACGACUUCCUCAAACAGAACAAGUUCUCGCCUCUACCCUUGAAGUACAUUAGACCGAUAUUGCAGCAGGUGCUCACUGCCCUGCUCAAGCUCAAGCAACUGGGUCUAAUCCACGCGGAUCUUAAGCCAGAGAACAUAAUGCUGGUGGAACCGGCUCGUCAGCCGUAUCGCGUUAAAGUGAUUGACUUUGGCAGCGCGUCACACGUCAGCAAAGCCGUCUGCAACACGUACUUGCAGAGUCGAUACUAUAGGGCACCAGAAAUAAUUCUCGGUCUAGCAUUUUGUGAGGCCAUCGACAUGUGGUCCCUGGGUUGUGUGGUCGCUGAACUGUUCCUCGGCUGGCCACUAUACCCUGGCUCUUCGGAGUACGACCAAAUACGGUACAUCUCACAGACGCAGGGCCUGCCCACUGAGCAUAUGCUCAAUAGUGCAUCAAAAACGGCAAAGUUCUUCUACCGCGACGUGGACAGCACAUACCCGUUCUGGCGGCUCAAGACGCCCGAAGAGCAUGAGCUUGAGACUGGUAUCAAGAGCAAGGAGGCCCGGAAGUACAUCUUCAACUGUCUGGAUGAUAUUGGACAGGUCAAUGUUCCAACGGAUCUUGAAGGUGGCCAAUUGUUAGCGGAAAAGGCUGACAGAAGGGAAUUCAUUGAUUUACUUAAGAGAAUGCUUACGAUGGAUCAGGAGCGACGAAUAACACCAGGAGAAGCGUUAAAUCACGCGUUCGUGACUCUCGCUCAUCUCGUCGACUACGCUCACUGCAACAACGUCAAGGCCUCCGUUCAAAUGAUGGAGGUUUGCCGUCGUUCGGGGAGCGGCGUGGGUGGCGUGGGCGGUGUGGGCGGCGUGGGCGUGGGCGGCGAGUAUGUGGGCGGCGUUGUGGCCCCAGCACCAUCCACGGCCCACCAUCUCGCGCUCACCAUCAACCAGCAGCGGCUGCGGGCUGCGCCUUAUGACAACCUUUACCAGCUCUAUGGAGCAGGACGCGUGGCCGUGGGCGGAAGGCAGUACACCAGAGCUGAGCCUUUCCCGCAUCAGUUCGUCUCCUCUAUACUCUGCCAGCCCGCCUAUCAGGUACAGCAGCUGGCUGCAGCGGCUGCUGCGGCGGCUGCCGCCCAUCACCAACACGGCGUGGCUGGUGUGGGCGGUGUGGGCGGCGUGGGCGACGUCGAGUGGCGUGCGCCGCUCAUAGUCGAGCCCGCGCCUUUGCCCGAGCCGGAUGUCUGGGACCUUCAUCACCAUCAUCAUCACCCGCACAAGAGAUCAACAAAGCAGCAGUCGAGCGUGGCGCAUUACCAGCCCCACCAUCAGCCGCAUCACUACAGCAUGGCCAGCAGUGGUGGUAAGAAAGAGCCGACUCAACUGUCGCCGGUGAAGAAACGGGUUAAGGAAGGCACGCCGCCAUCACGGAGGCAACAACACGAUAACACUAUCCGCCCUGGGGCGUGGGAGCCGAACACUAGCGUGGCAACUGGUGGUGGUGCGCACACCAUCACCAUUCGAGACACGCCGUCACCAGCCGUUUCCGUUAUCACCAUCUCGGACUCCGAUGACGACGAGCCAAGGCACGACGCACAGCGACCGCACGAUAACAGAGGUAGCGGCGAGUGCGCUGCCGUGGUACAAGCAUCGAGUGGGGUGAACGUGCCCACGAGUGGGACGUCCGUCCCCAACGGGGCCGUCCCCACGGGGGGCGUCAUCUGCAGCGCAAGGGACGAGCGCCAUGUCAAGCACGAGCCACAGCACCAUCACCAGCCGUGCCACCACCACCACCAUCAUCAACAGCAGCCUAUACAGCAACAGCAGCAGCAACAACAACAACAGCAGCAGCAGCAUCAACCACAGCAACAACAGCAGCAACAACAACAACAGCGACAGGCAACAGCAGCGCAAGCGACGCCACAAAGUCAGAAAAAGAGAUUACUUGCGCUUGCGCAGCAAGAAGCGCAGGCCAAGCAUGAGCCGCAUCACGAACAACAUUAUAAUACGGGUGGCAACGUGCGUCAAGCGAACGAAUACCAAUGCAACCAGUACGUGCCCAAUCAGCACAAUAAGAGAGAUAGUAACGGUGGUUGUCGCGAUUACAUCCCCGCUAGUGGAGUGGUUCCUGUCAACGCUGUGAACGCUGUUAACGCAGUGAGUGCGGUUAACGCGGUUAGCGCGGUUAAUGCCGUCAACGCGGUUAACGCUGUCAGCGGCGUUAACAGCAUGGCCGGGAAUAUGAACGUCAAUGCGCACAAACAUGCCUGGCACCACCAUCCGCACACGCAUUAUAAGAGCGGCAGUGGAGGAGUAUUGUCUCCACCAGGGGUCGUGUCUCCCGGGUAUUUGGCCCCGCCCCUCUAUGUGCCCACCUAUCACUACCACACUGGUGGUGUGAGUGGAGUUAGCGGCGUACCAGGGCCACCUCCGGCUCACCACGCAAGUGGGGCUCGAAUUCCGGGAUACCUGCAGCCCUAUUCGCCCACAUAUCUCGUCCAUCAACAUCCGCACCAGCACCUCUGGUAUACAGAUUGAGUUGCCCACGAUCGGGAAUGAUCACGAUCGGAUAUGACCGCGAACGGGAAUUACCAUGAUCGGGAAUGACCGCGAUCGGGAAUGACCGCGAUCGGGAUUGACCGUGAUCGGGAAUGACCGCGAACGGGAAUGACCGUGACUGAAGAUGAUCGAUGGUGGUUAGGACGCGAGUGUAUUACGCGUCCUAUUAUGUUAUAUAAACGUGAAUAUAAGUGUUUUGUAUAGGUUUUAGUGAAUGUGAUCGUUAAUUAAUCAAUUGUUCGUCUGCCGCGAUCACGAUUAUUUUGUUUGUGGUGAUUUAUUUGAUGUAAUGGUGAGAAUGAUCAAUGCAAUACGAAGUACGAUUGUACGUAGACGAUUUUAGUGAAUAUGUUUUACUAUGUUUGAUGGAUUAGGUUUUUACGAGUAGACAUAGUUGCGCACAUUCGUGGCCUUUACCGUGGCUAUGGUUGGAUAGGUCUUCGGUAAGCGCCCACGAGCGGUUCAAAGGGAAAAAAUAUCUAUCACACUGUAAUAUUUUAAAUCCAAAAUCUUAUGACUAGUGUGUACGCGUUUUCUAUUGACGGCUGAGGCGCGAUUUUUUUCCGAUUUUGCGAUUCGAU